CAAGCGCAGAAAAUUAUAUUGAUGCCUUCAUUUUGGAAUUCCAUCAUUUAUGCUAUGAAAGUUGGUGGCCCAUUAUUGGAGGUACUUCGGUUGGUGGAUGGGGAGAAGAAGCCUGCCAUGGGUUAUAUAUAUGAGGCAAUGGAUAGGGCUAAGGAGAAAAUAGCAAAAGCCUUUGGUAAUAAUGAGGAUAGGUACAAAGAUGUUUUUGAGAUAAUUGACCAUAGGUGGCAGUUGCAGCUCCAUCAAGAUUUGCAUGCAGCGGGUUAUUUCUUGAACCCCGAGUUCUUUUACUCAAAUUCUGAGAUAGAACAAGAUGAAGAAGUAGUUAUGGGGUUGUACAAUUCAAUCAGUAGGUUGACUGAUGAUCCCGAGUCAGAGGGAACAAUACAUACAGAGUUGUUAAAAUACAAACAAGCCGAAGGUCUUUUUGGAAAGCAAAUUGCAAUCCAAAUGAGAAAGGUUGUAUCACCAGCUGCAUGGUGGAACUCGUAUGGAGCUUCGACACCAAAGUUGCAAAGACUUGCCCAGAAGAUACUCAGUCUCACUUGUAGCUCUUCUGGUUGUGAGCGCAAUUGGAGUGUGUUUGAACAUCUUCAUUCCAAGAAAAGGAAUAGAUUGGAGCAAAAACGCCUGAAUGAUUUGGUGUUCAUUAAGUACAACAGAGCUCUGAGGCGUAGAUACGAUAGUCGUGAUACCAUUGAUCCUAUCAUAUUGAGUGAAGUAGAUGAUGGAAAUGAAUGGUUGGUAGGGAGACUGGAGGAUGAAGAGCUUGACUUUGUUCAUGAUGGUGAUGAUUUGACUUGGCUAGAUGUUGCAGAUGCUGUUGGAGUAAAUGAAGCUCCUUAUACAUUGAGAAAAUCCAAAGGGGCCUCGAAAGCGACCCCUACAUCUACGCAAGUCGCAAAGAUGACCACAUCUACACCUACAGGAAGUUUGAAGGCGUCCACAUCUAAGUCUAGAGGGAAAAGGCCGAUAGGAACAUCUACUACACUUGAUCUUGUAGAUGAAGAGGAUGAAUUCGAUUUUGAUGAAGAAAGUGAAGAGGAGAAUGAUGCCGAGCGUUAUGCAAUUCCAAAUGAAGAAGAUGGUCUCGAUCUUGAUGAAGAAGUUGAAGAUGAAGAUGAAUUUUAGAUUAUGUUUUUUUUUAUUUUUAGAAUUGAGGUUUUAUAUGCCUUGAACAGUUGAACCUAUAUAUUUGUUAUUUAAGUAUGAA